UUGCCCAGUAGGUCAACAUUUCAGACGGAUAUGAAUGUGUCGCCACGUUGUUAGUACUCUCUCUAUGGUUUGUUUGUAGUUACGGUUCUAUGCUGUGCUAUGCCGGGGAAUUUUAUCUAUUAGAUGAAUAUUUACUAUUUCUAGUACGGUCUUUGUUGUAAUAGAUGCUAAAAGAUACUCUCAACAACCAAACUAUGAUCCCCCGCAAAAAAAAAACAACCAAACUAUGAAAUUGGUUUACGAUUCUAGUACAUUUGUUUGUUGUUAAAAUAACUUUACUUUCUUUUUGAACUAAAUUGUUCACUACAAGAUAUUACAUCUUUCCUGACAGUAUAUGGUGUGAAUGCCCAACGACCGCUUUGCUAUCUUGUCAUUUAUUCUCACAAGUGGCCGACAGUAUUUAGUGUACAUUCACACUUUCACAACCUUUUUUUUCAAAUUACCAAUAAACUAAUUGACGUCAAAGUCAUUCCCCACAGGGAUGGUAGAUAGUUGGAAAAUGUUAUUUAUCUUGUAGUGGUUGUCAGUCACCCAAUAGAUAAGAUGCGCAGGUUGAUGUAUUAGUAAUAAUAUAAUCUGAAAACAGCAACGGAGGGGCGUCCACGCAACUAGCACCCUAAUUGCUAGGAACGAGAGGGAGUGAAGGCCUUGCUUGAACUGCUUCAUUAAGUUUAUUGAGAGAUGAGAUAGAGAGCAACCAUAUAGUACCAAGCAAAAGAUAGAGCAAGAGCUUUUAUUGUUCCAAACAAGAUACAGAAUAAGCGGAGCAAACAAGCAGUUUUGGGAGAUGCCGUCGGAAAGGUCGAUCGUGAGCACGGCCCUCUCCGCUGCCCUCGGUCAAGUGUGGGAGUGCAUCGAGUUCUGGACGCCGCUCACUUCAGUGAUCAUCAUCCUCUGGCUUCUCUACCGCCCCGACCACUUCUACCCUACCGUCGAUUCUGCCGUCCUCGCCACCCUCAACCUCACCACAGAUGAGCCACCGAAUCUCCAGUACGACCUGGCCGUGAACGUCAGCUUCCGCAACUCUCACAGCCGCCUCAGCAUCCGGUAUCUUGACAUUAGCGCCACCGCCUUCUGCGGUAGCGGUACCAAGCUUGGCCCAGCCGACGAUGCACUUCCAACGCCCUUUCGCCAGGGCCCCAAGAACACAACCGUGCUGCACCCAGCAUUCCGGGGCAUGGUGGCUGUGGAUUCCAUGGUGACGGCGUGGCUGAAGAAGGAGCUCGAAGCAGUGAUGGUGCAUGUGAACCUGAGAUUGUCACUGACAAUCAAGUACAGGGUGAUGUGGCCCUUCAUUGAGAUCUUCUUCUACAAGUACGAUUGCUGGCUAUGGUUCCCGCCGCCAGGCCUCGCGGCGCCAGCCAUCUUUGAUGCGGGCACGCGGUGCUGGGUCGUCAACUAAGUUAGAAGCAGGUUAAUUACCAUGGAGUUCUUUAUGACCAAGCUAAUCCGUGACACGUUGACAAAGAGGGGGAUCUUCAUCAAGGGACGAACAGUUGGACGUUUUGUCUGCGGUGGAUAGAUUUCUGGGAGGCUACCUCGCUGGUUGUUGUUCGUUCUUGCUAGUUGGUGAUGUCUUUUGCUUUCCAAGUUGUGGUGUUAGCUUUUAUUGUUUGUUUAUGUUUCGUCUUCCCAGGCUUAGUGAUGUUCUAUGCUUGGUCUGGCAUCUCCAUCGGGUUAGUCUAUGUAAUCUUAGGCUUAAUGGUAGCACUCCUGCAUUACUUUAUAAAGAAAAAAAGUUACUAGCUACUACAUAAAAGUGCUUUAAAUGAUUUUGUUAUCUGUUGGGAUU